UAACUCUUCGCUGUAGUAGGAUGCUUGUAAUUUCGCAUUCCGCGUCAUGCACUCAGCUGAUUCGGCAGCUUUUCUCCGCUCCUCCCACAAUUCAUCCGUCCCUCUCCACUCGCGUCCGCAAUCAUGGAGGCGAACGGGACCGAGCAGCUGCAGCCGGUGAAACCGGUACAGCCAGGCAUGGACAUGCUGAUUCUUAACGGGGACGCGGCGGAACGAGAAGAAGCCGACCCCGCCAAGAAGAAGAAGAAAAAAAAGAAGAAAAGCAAAUUAGCCGUUUCUGCAGGACACGGAGAGCAGGGUGAGGAUGGCGAGGUGGAGAUGAGGAAACAAACAGAACAGCAGAACCUGGAUGAGAAAGAUAGAGAAGAGGAUGGAGAAGACGACGGUGAGGAGGCUGAUAACAUCUCUGGGAAAAAGAAGAAAAAGAAGACAAAAAAGAAGAAAGGACCCAAAACUCAAACGGACCCACCAUCGAUCCCCAUUUGUGAUCUAUACACCAGCGGUGUGUUUCCUGUGGGUCAGGAGUGUGAAUACCCUCCAUCACAGGAUGGGUCUAGCGCCGCUUGGAGAAUGAGCAACGAGGAGAAGCAAAUGAUGGAUAAAGCCAACGAGGAGAUGUGGAAUGAUUUCCGGCAGGCGGCCGAAGCCCAUCGGCAGGUGCGGCAAUAUGUGAAGAGCUGGAUCAAACCUGGAAUGACUAUGAUUGACAUUUGCGAGCGGUUGGAGGACUGCAGUAGGAAGUUGAUCAAAGAAAACGGUUUGAACGCAGGGCUGGCGUUUCCUACCGGGUGCUCACUGAAUAACUGUGCUGCUCACUACACACCAAACGCUGGAGACCCUACUGUCCUCCAGUACGACGACGUGUGCAAGAUUGAUUUCGGCACACACAUCAACGGCAGGAUCAUUGACUGUGCCUUCACCGUCACCUUCAAUCCAAAGUAUGACCGCUUGCUUGAGGCUGUGAGAGAUGCAACCGACACGGGCAUCAAGUGUGCAGGUAUAGAUGUGCGUCUUUGCGAUGUUGGAGAAGCAAUACAGGAAGUGAUGGAGUCAUACGAGGUUGAAAUAGAUGGGAAAACGUACCAAGUCAAACCUAUCCGGAAUCUGAACGGACACUCAAUUGGUCAGUAUCGGAUACAUGCCGGUAAAACGGUGCCUAUAGUGAAGGGAGGAGAAGCCACUAGAAUGGAGGAGGGGGAGGUGUUUGCGAUUGAGACGUUCGGCAGCACUGGUAAAGGAGUGGUGCAUGAUGACAUGGACUGCUCCCAUUACAUGAAGAACUUUGAUGUCGGACAUGUGCCAAUCAGGCUGCCCAGGGCAAAGCACUUGCUAAACGUGGUGAACGAACACUUCGGCACCCUGGCGUUCUGUCGCCGCUGGCUCGACCGUUUGGGUGAAAGCAAGUACCUGAUGGCCCUGAAGAACCUGUGUGACCUGGGCAUCAUCGACCCCUACCCCCCUCUGUGUGACGCCAAGGGCUCGUACACAGCUCAGUUCGAACACACCAUCCUGCUCAGACCUACAUGCAAGGAAGUCGUGAGCCGUGGAGACGACUACUGAGACGUACAUAUGCAUAAACACUCACACUCCAGUCCCAUGCAAAAAAUAAACAAACAUGUAUGCAUUCUUAAAAGAAGAAACUUGUUUAAAACCCGAAAUGCUAAUUUGACCAUAUACUCGGCAUUAAGUUAGGCAAACUACUAUGCAUGUGUACAAGCCAGUGCCCGAAUUAAUGUGUUUUCGAAGUGAGCAAGAUAAAGACUUUCUACUCAUUUGUACUCUGUGUAGUGAAUGAGAGAAUGCAAAGAGUAUGGCUGCUUGGCUUUACACGUCACUGAAGGGCUUUUGCAAGAAAAACAAAUUCAUCAGGAAUCAGUCAAUAUGCGCACAGCUUUUACAGGUUUUUUUUUUUUUUUUUUGGUAUUUGUAUAAUAUCAAAUGACUGUCUCAUCUAGUACCUAUUACAUUUUGAACUCCCUGAAUUUUUUUUAAAAAAGACUAAAUAAACUGUACAAUACUUCAAA